AGUAAAUGGAGUUUCACUAUUUUAUGUCAUAAUCGGGCGAGACUGUAGUCAAGGGCUAACUUGUAAACAAUAAAAAUAAAAAAAAAGUUUUAUAUAAUUUCAAGAUAAAUAUGUACUAGUGGUGUGUGAAAUUCAUUAAUUUGAUCGAAGAAUUUAAAUGUAUCGAGUGUAAAUAGAAAUAACAUAAAUAUACCGUACUAAAACAACGUUUAUAUAAACUAUAAUAAUAUACGUUUCCUAUGGUAUAAGCUCAACAGUGUUGAGUCAACUAUUAUUGUUCCGAUAGUCGUUUCAGUCAAUGGUCUUAUAGCGAAAAGCUUCGACCAAAACCUUAAGAAGCUUUCGCUUAACUGUUGGAUCAAGAGUCGGAUACAAAAGACAGUGAUUCUUGAGACGGCGCGUAUUGUGAGGAGUUUCCUCACUCUGGAGCCCUGACCACCGGUUGCUUGGGCACUCAAAUGUCCCGCAGCGGGAGGGUGAUUUUUUUUUUAUAAAUUUUUAAUAAUGUUUUGUAUUUUAUACUUAUAUUGUUAAAAAUUAAAAAAAAAACUAUAAUAAUAUACGUUUCCUGUGUUAUAAGCUCAACAGUAUCACUAUGGAAUAAAAAUGCACAUGAUACAUAUAUACAUAAUAAGUGUCCAGUAUCCACUUGCUGGAUGAAUAAUUUAGUUUCUACACGUUCUUCGUUUUUGGGAUCCAUGUUGAACCCAUUUUUCAACAUCACAUUGACUUUCAAAUAUGUCUUUAUAAGCGUGAUAGUGUUUUUAUUUUGGACUAUUCCUAGUUUGUUGUUCCGUGAAGGAGGUUUGCGGUUCAGGACCCAUCGGACCAACAGGAACAUGAGAAACCAAGACAUCCUUACCACCAGGCUGGCGAUGCUCAUCCUUCUCAACGCCGCUGGUGCUGGACUGGCAGCGCCCAGCGUGCUGGUCACCAGGCCUAUCUCCAAGGUUUCAGUGGAAUGGCUGCCGAUGGACAACCAGACUUUGUACAAACUGGAAGAAGGGGAGAGUCGAAACCUGGAGCUGAACACGUCCCUGAUCGCCCAGAUGACUGUAUCCAUCACGGUGACUCCGUGUGUGAGGCACAUGCACUGGGCGUUCUACCGAGGACCACCUGACUCUGAUGACUCUAAACUUCAGCUGGUUCAAGAACACGGGGGCGGGGAGAUGCACGCGAUAUCAUUUUCAAUAUCUAAACAAGAUAGAUAUGUUUUACAGUUAUCGUCAUCAAAGGGUGGCGCAGCUGCGGUGAGCGUGCGCGGUGAAGCCACCCGAUUGGUGCGAGUGCGUCUACGCGUGCGCUCCAAACGGAGGUUGUCGGCUAACUGGGAUCCCAGCCCAAUAGAUCCGCAAGAGACAACAUACUGCGUGGUCGCAUCACACAGAAAGAACUACACAUCACUAUGUGCAGCCCAACACGACGUUAGAUCAAACAGAUGUGACAAACCAAACAGAUCCAACUCUGCUGAGGAUAGAUCCAACGAAAGAGCUCGUAGGAAACACAAUCAAUCUGACCAAAACAAUGUACCUAACAGUAAUCAAAUAGAUGGAGACAUGGACAGUUUUAAUAUCUACGACGGAAAUUUCAAAAGCGUCUACAGAAGAAAGAAAUUUGGACGCAGUACCAGAGUAUCCAAUGAAGAUCCAGUAAUAGCUUGUGUGGGAGAGAGAACACAUCAUUUGAUAGAGAAUUUAGAUCCUAGCAGGACAUACUUCGUUAGUGUAUUCGGCGUCGCUAGAGACCGGCGAGUUGGAUCGUUACUAGCGACGGGCAGUGUACGACCCAGAACCUCAACUGCAAAGAAACUGAGAGAAAACGUCUCACUGAAAGCCGACAUAAAGGGAAAAAGCGUAUAUUACUUGAAGACGGUAGUUGGUAGUGGAGGCGGUCUAUGGCUCGCUGUAUCAACUUGCAGCGGCUCCGUAGACAUAGAUGUUUCUGUAAAAGGCAAACGAUUGUAUUUAGCAAAAAAUAUCGAACCACAUCGUAAAUUCUUCAUACCAGCACCUGUAACAAGCUCCUCAAUACAAGAGACUAGCGAUGAGGGAUCGGUACAAUUUGACUCGAGCUCUGAAGAAUCAAAAAUAAGAUAUGUGAUACGACUUCUGCCUAACAAGUGGUAUAGAGAUCAAGCAGUUACUGUUGAGCUCACAGCAUCGACAACACGAUGGGGCGUCAGCGCGCCGGAGUUACCCGAAGAUGGCGGCAUAGUACGAGAAUUGAGACCGAAAAGAUCGUGCAAUUCCGUGGACAUAGCAUUUUUCCCAGCCACCCAUAAUGCUACUGAUGUUAUCAGAUAUUGCAUUGUCAUACGAGAAAUAGUAAAUAAUGAUAAUUUCAUAUGUGCCUUAUCCAAGAGAUCUCUCGCUAGAGCGCCAUGCACAAGUCACUUGCAACGACCUCCGUCAAGGGUGAUCGUUCAGAAAGUAUCCAACUUGAAGCCUGGCAGAAAAUACGCCGUGCAAGUGACCGCUGCCUCAAAAGGAAGCUCAGUGCCAUACAACAUCAUUUACGUAGAAACUAAUGCAUCAUGUAAAGAAGAGUAAUCAUUUUAUUGAGUGCUGUAUUUAUUAUUUAAAUACAAAUAAAUUAAGAGCCUGUGAUAGACAGACCUUCGCAAUUUUAAAAAAGCUUUUUUUUCAAUUACGAUAAGCAACUAUGAAAUUUGGACCAUGGUGGCUUUCGGAGAUAGCUGUUUGCAAGGACUAUUUUUUUUUUGUUGGCCCUAAAGCGUCCACAGGACAAUGAACUUACUGCAUUUAUAAAAUAAGGAAAGAUCUGGGCAUCACACGCUCUUGAUUAACACAAUAAAAAUGUAAUAGAAAAACUUUGAAGGCUAAGUUACACAGGCAGUUUAUUAAAUGCGAGUAACAGUAUCUAACUUAACUAGGAGAUAAUUAGCUAGAGCUAUACAAGUUCUAAAUCUAGCUAAGUAUGCUCAGUACGAUAAACGCUGGGAGUUUUACCCCUAAAAAGUAAAUGUUUACCUCCUAAACUCUUCUCGUCCUAGUGUAUACUAACGCGAAAUAAAUUGUUCGAGUUUCGGACGAGGAGGUUCUAUGAUCGGCCGUAGGAAUAUAUUUUUGUAAUUUUCUUAAAUAUAUUUAAUACCACACACGCAUCUCCUUAGAAUCCUUGCGCAACUAAGCACGUGCCUAGUUUGCCUUAAGGUUAACUUAGUAGUGUAAACAUUUACGGUAGAGGGUAACUCAUCUUUGACACUCGCAUUUGAGUAUUACUAGACUGUUAAAAUAAUGGAGCCAGAAUUGUAUGGAAACUUAUCGCAUGAGAUAAUCAUAUAUGGAUUCAACAUGACAAUUUGUCAGGGCUCUACCCAAUGAAUUCCCCACGGGCCACAAAAUUCCCUCACACCAGAGGUAUCCACUGUAAAAUGUUUUCAUUUCAAAAAUAUUAUAAUCAUACAGAUUUUAGAACGUUAAUAAGAUAUUUUAAGUUGUUUUAGCAUUUUAAGUCUUAACAACACAGCGUUUCGAAGACAUUAAUAAAUAGUUAGCUGCCACAAAAAAUAUUAAGACAUUAAAAAUUGGGACGAAUUUUCUUUUCGAUCAUAUUAUAACAGUUAAACUGCUGAACUUUUUCAUUUGAAUAUUUGUAUAAUAUAUAUUUCUUUCUAUUUUCUUCAAUAAAGUUAUUUAAUUACUUUCAUUGUUAUAAUUCAAUCCAUUAAAAGGAAAUUCGUGUCCGAGUGGUCCAAAGUAAAGGUACCUACCGUUAUUUUUAUAUACCUUAGGUACUUAAAUAAGUUGUGGUAGUUAAGUUUAGCAGACAUCGACCCCUAAUUGUAAUAGGAAAUCAGUAUUAGUUACAUUUUAGUUUUAUUCUGUUUAGGUGACUACUGUGAAAAUAAUAAUUAAUAUUUCUUAGUUAAGGUCAGGCUGGCUAAUUCCGUCUUCAAGGCAGAACCGCCUGUUGAAAAACUAAAAAGUUCCUACCUAUUCAGUCAAGUCGCCAUUAAACAUCUUUCACUAAAUUUAACAAUUUCUUAUUUGAUCAUCAACCAAGUAAUACAUAUGUAUUACUUGGGUAUAAUUGCCGGAAUUACCCACCCUAACCUUAUAAUUAUAAUAGUUAAUAGUUAAUAAUAUUAAUAUGGCUUGUGUACCAGAUAAACUAGAUUAUUUUUGUAAAUAAAAUAAACACAGAAUUAGAGUAAGUUUUUGAAAAAGCAAGUGUGAUGUGACGGAAUUUAUGAAUUUAAAAUUAAGUACUGUAAACGUAGUUCGUUGAUAUUUUAUUGUUUAUUUUAAUAGAUAAUUACGUAAAUGUAGAGGCAUUUCUUAUAAUAACUUAUUACUAGGUACCUAUAUUUUUAAAAUGUUGUUUUAUAUAACUAUUAAGGGCUUUUUGCGCAACGCUUUUUUUAGUAUGUAGAUUUACGUACAUACAACAUUAUUUUAUGUGAAAGACUGUUCUCAAUAACUCAACCUAACCUAACAUAACCUAUCCGUAAUCGUAAAAUCAAAUUUUCCUUUUUUGUUUCUUUUUUAUCAAUUUCCACCUUCCUUUCCAGAAUUAAUAAAAUUUUUAGAAUUACCUCGAAUUACCUAUACUUAUCGGGUUAUAACAGCUGUCUUCUAUUAAAGGUAAAGCAGUGAGUGCGAUUGCGUUGCCCAAUAAUCCCUCUAAUUUUAUGCUUAUUUCGGAAAUAAGUUACUUGUGGCAUUUAGUUGAACAGAAUGUAAGUUCCUACUAUUUUUAUGCAGAGUGUAUUUAUAAAGAUAUAGAAUUUUAAAAUACAAUAAAUAUUUAAAAUUGCA